UUUUUAGUGAUCAGACAUCUUUUAACUAACAUUUAAUUUACAAUUAACUUGUGAUAAACGUCUAACUUUUGAUUCUAAUCAAAAAGUCCAUUUUCGAGAAAUGGACUCCGAAAAAAACGAUUUUGAUAAGAACGGAGAACAGCUGGUUACUAGAUGGCGACAAGACCACGAGGAUACGCCCAGUACCUCGAACAAAAUCGAUAGACCACCGACGGGCUUCGUGAGACCUCAAAGCAAAUUUGAACGACCAAGAUCUCGGCGCGGGCAUAAGGACGAAUCAUCAGAGUAUGUCAAUUCAGCUACAUAUCGCUCAGCAACACCCGGACGUCUCGCUCUUGCGAGACCACCAUCGGCGUCCCUUGUGUCAAAUCGUGCACCGACCGCGGGUCCAGGCGGAUUCAGGAUAGGUUCCGGACUGAGUCGUUCUGGCACAGGAUUGGCCAUCGCCAAGCAGUUUAACGUCAGUUUGUUGGAUAGACCUAUUACACAGCAUGGGAUAGCAGGCAUACGACCGGGUACCACCAGAGGUUUACCGAUGACGAGGCAAAUUCAAGACAAAAGAUACUACGACGGUUUGCUGCAGCUGAAAAUAAGAGAACUAACGCAAGAAAUUGGAAUGAUAGUGAAGGACAUUGAGGUACAGAACAAGGAGAAAGCUACUUUCUUGCAUUAUGAUAAGAGAGCCAAGAGCCUUGCCGCAGAGUUGACGACUCUACAGGCUGAGUUAGCGGAUUACAAUCUUGUCGUGGAUAAAAUGACUUUAGAUGUAAACAAAGAGGCGAUCGAAGAAGAGGCUAAGGAGAUGAUGCUGAUGAAUGAACGUAGGACGGUAGAAGUCGAGCGGAUGUUUGAGCAACGAAAGCAGAUGGAACAAAAACUGCAUGAGAUAGAAAAGGAUAUCGAGAAUGAGAGAAAAAGGACUGAUCAUAUCAUUGAGAGUAUGGAUCCACAUACAAAAGACAAAUAUGAUAACCUGUUCCGACAGAGGACAGAAUUGCAGGAACAAGCACAACAGAUACAGCGUGAAUUGGACGAACUAUCAAAAGAGCAAACAUAUUUGGAGGAGCAGAUCGCUCUCUCGCCAUUAAAGCAAGAGGCGGUGAAGCUGCAAGUGAGAAUCAUCGAAGCAGAGGAGAAACGAGACAAACUACGGGACGAAGAGCGUAAAAGAUUAUCACCAGAAGAUGAGAAAGAUCAACUGUUACAAAAAAUCAAACGUGACAAUACCGACAUUGCCGCGACAGAGGCGCAGAUAGUCGAGAAGGAGAAAAAGGUGACAGAACUCGAGCAACAACUGGAACAGCUGGAGACCGACAUGGAAGAUAAUCAAUCGGAGAAGCAAAUCAAAUAUCAGGAAUUGCGUAAGCGCGAAGAGAUAAUGGAGGAGUUUAUGUCUACAUAUGAACAGAACAAACAAGAGGAAAUGGAAAAACUAGAAAAACUCGAGAAGGAGAUCGUUGACAAACUGGAGACCAUGGCAAACGCGGUAGAGAAUAACGAGUAUCUCACGGAAGCUGAAGAAACAGCUAUUUUACGUGAUAAAUUCCCAUACAACGAAUACGAGACUGUGCAUCACGAUGAUGAAUUCGAAGAGCUGAAGAAAGAUUAUGCAAUUAUGCAACAGACGUUCAAUAGACUAAGAAUUCUAGAGGAGAAGCUGCAGCUAGAAUCCAAGUUGAUGAAAGAAAAGCUGAAGAAACAACAGAGCGAAUUGAUCGUCCUAGAGGAUCUGGACGGUUUGAAAACACGAAAUGAACUCGAACGGGACGAGUUAAUUACUGAACGAGAAGGACUGGUGUCCGAAGAAUCGAUCUGCGAGGACGAGGUCAAAUCAUUGCAUGCGGAAUAUAAUGAACUCAAAGAGCGAGUGGAAAAAUAUGUGAUUUAUCCAGAGAUCAGUAAUCUAGAAGAUAAAUUAGAAAAAGUAAAAGAAGAAAAUAAAAAAAUUGAGGAAUUCAUAGCUAAAGAAAAGGAGCGCGUUAAUUAUGAGCCGCUCAAAGAGAAAGCUUUUGAACUUAUUAAUAAUUAUGGAGCGUUACUUCAAGAGAAUCUCAAAUCUCUUUAUUAAAUAAAUGUACU